AUGCGUAGGCGAUAUGAACGUCGGCGCGCCGCCAAGGCCAAGGCGGCUGCCGCUGCGGCCACAGAGAAGACCAAUGCGCCUGCCAGCUCUUCAGGACCUGUAGAAGCUGCCGCGACGCCUACCGUCACGCCCAAGAAGCGGCAGACGACGGUGCAUGCGGCGGCGCAGAUCAAAUUGCACGUCCAUGGCCACGAGUUCCAAAAUGGCGAGGAGAUCGUGCUCAACCCUGAGAGUUUCCCUCAGCUCAAGGAGCUUAUAUGGAAGGACUAUGUAGUAGAGGUUUUUCACCCGGAGCACACCGGCGACGCGCGACAGUUCAUGGCCUCGGACGGCGCAGCGGUGGCCUUGGCCGAGGGUUCCCCACAGAACCAUCUACUGCUUGAGAUCCCGGAGAGCAAAGCCGCACCGUUUAAAGGUAAAAUGCAAGUAAGCGUACUGAAGGACACGGCCGCCAUCUUCCAGCUGGCGCCAUUUAAGGAUGUGACCGUACGCUUCCUGCCCAAGACGCAGGUCGAGGUGGACUUCGUGGAGGUCUCACUUAAGGACCAAUUCAUGUCCAGACGAGACCUCAUGUACCUUAAACAAUCCAUGGCGGGAACAGCACUGUAUGUGGGCAAGACAAUCAGAGUACAGGGAACGAGGUGGCAAGUACUGGACGUGCGCUCAGGCGGCGAGAAGGUGCGCAGUGGAGUCAUCUCCGAGAACACCAAGUUCACAUUCCGCUCGCGUACGUCGCGUAUCAUGUGGCUGGUGCAGGUUAGUCCGGAGAUGUGGGAUAUGGCCAACUCUGGUAUGCUCUACUUGGAGAUCUUCCUCACGGUUGUGCGCAAUGUGCUGAGCAAGUGGAUGAAGCACAAAGUCUCGCACAGUCUCACGAUUCUCUUUUACUCCCGCUGCUUUUACCCGGAAAUGGACCAGGAUCAGGACUCGUCAACGUAUUCCAAUCGGAGGUUUAUGCCCAAAAGAAAGCAGUCGCGGGCUGCAGACGAUGAGAGAGAGUCGUCCUUCCCGUAUGAACGCAGUGAUUGCUUCUCGGUUGGAGUCGAUGAGGAUGGUAGACAUUAUCAGGAUUUCUACAAAUUGGUCGCUUUCGACAGUAUCAUUACAGACGUGCAGCCAUUGCUUGUGAAGCUUAAAGAGGAGAUGAAUGCGUUCCCGAGAGAAUGUGGUUGGCGAUCACCUGCAGAUUUCUACGUGUCGUCCUUCUCCCCUGCGGAAUUGAUCCAGGAUGAGUCGGGUCCACGCCCAGGCGUCCCCUCUAAUGCUCGAGAUGGAAACCUGCUCGAAGCUGUGAAUCUCGUGCUCAACAUCUUCGAGAAACAUCAUAUCGACCGUGAUUUAUCACGCAGCGGCCAAAGUGUAGUGCUUAUCACUGCUGGCAAUGGCAUUUUCUCGGUAAACAAGCGUCUUUCCGAGAUCACUGAGCAACGCAUGAUGGAUCAUGGUAUUGGUAUUGACUUGAUCUCACUAGCGUCCCGCCCAUUGCACAAAUGCCCGCUGUUUCUCUUCAAGCAAUCCGAUUUGUCUGAAAUGAAACUUCCCGGUAAGAAAGAAGGCAACCCUGCGAACGAAAUGUGUUUAUGUAACAACAAUCCGCACGGUUCGAAGAAUGGAUAUCAACGGCGUUCACGAACAGGCUCGAGUGACGUGGUGUCAGACUCGCAGUCAGCAGCAGACACGGGUGUGUCAAUGCGAACUGGUCAGUUGUGCAAGUAUUGCUUGCAGCGGAUGGAAAACCGGAAAAACUACAUCGUUCCGCUGUGGAUUCCGCUUUGGUUUGUGCAAGAACACAUGCUCAUCCCACACGAGUGUCCGCUAGAUGAAGAUAUCACCCAGUUUUGCGACGUUUGUGCGCCAAAGAACACGAAGAAUAAGAUAUUCGAGCCGCUUCCGAUGUGUCGGAUGUUCAAAGACAACGAUUUCACACACUUCGGCUUCCUGUCGCUCCCGAAGCCGUUGGAAUGUUUGUUGCAUUCUUUUAAGAAGGCUGAAUCAUCGCUCAGUGACGAUGAUCGAGACAACAUGGACUCUGGAAUAGCACCCUCGGUCGGUGGCUCCACAUACGACAACGUCAUACUUGCUGGUCUGAAUAGCGACCUUGUUCGUGCUCGAGCGUCUUCCAUGGCGUGCUCGGAGGACUCUCUCUCGUACGAUGGGGAGGUGUUGACCAAAAUCCGAUCAUUUUCCUAUUCCGAGCAAAACAAGCUGCUGCAGGAGUAUGAAAGAUACGACGACGAAGUGUUUGGCUUUGCACCAGCGCCGAGACUAGCACAAAAAUCAUCGGACAGCGACAUGAGUGUCCGAUUAGCGUCAACACCGCCAAUCCGACCUGGUGUGUCGUACUUGAUGAAGAAAAGAACUGGGACCAUUGGAUUCCACUCAGGCUCUGCCGGCAAUGCCAACGAAAACGGGAGUAGUAACAGUGCUGGAGCUCGCUGGCGACAAUUCGAGCAGCGAGAACCGUCUCCGCUGAAUGUCGACAUGGCAGAAUAUCGAGGGAGUCUGGAGGCUAAAGUGGGGUCUCUGGACGACGACAAGGACAAGCCAAAGAUCACUUCGAGCUCGUUCCCAAACACAUAUCAGUUGGCUGACGGUAGCGGACCGAACCACACGUCGUUUACAACCAGUCCCGUGUUACGUCCUGCUGAUGGCGCAGUGAAAGAGGAUAUUUUCCACUCACAGGCGUUCAUGUUGAAGCAACUGACCAGCAACCAGCGUCGAUGGAGUCAAGUGCGGCCUUAUGAAGACCGCCAGUAUAAGCUCGCGCAGAAUGUCCUCAAGUGGAGAAGUCUAUGCUUUCCUGCUCUUUUGCCUCUAGCCAGUGAUUUCAUGCCGGCCCCCAAAGAGUUGCAAGCGCACUACACUGAGUCUUUCUACAGCGUCAUGCUGCCAGAGCGUGACGAACAAAACGGAGUGACGUUCCGAGAUUAUCGCGAGUUGGUUCUGGAGAUGGUAGCACAGCGACUGUCCCAAGAUUUCCAGCUUGUAUCGGCCGAAGACACGAGUGAAGUGGGCGAGAAAGGUAGCACAGUCUUUCGACUUAGCAUGGGACAUCGGAUCCAUGAAAUCGUAUACAACGAAGAAACCCAGACGAUCGAUGUGAAGCGCUAUCUCCAGAAGGUGACGACGCGGUCCGAUGUGGACAUCAUGGAGUAUCGGUACUCGCUGUGGUCGCCUAUUGUCGAUCGGUUCGUUACUGUGGCGCAGGAAUUCCGCAAGUAUCCGCAGAUCGAGUACCAGUGGAAUCAUCUCGACCAGCUCAUCUGUGGAUACAUUGAUGAUAUGAGCGAAGGAAUCCGUUAUAAGCGCAGUCUGUAUUGCCUUCUCCCGCCUCGACUUGACGGAUCUGAUGUCGGUGAUCAAGAAAACUUGCGGGAUUACACGGAAGGCUGUCGGAAGUUCCUGGAGUUUUUGCGAGCCAAGGCAGAUGCCAGCACAGGGUUCCCUAAUGUGAAACUCGCGACUGAUUGGAGAGAAAACAUCUCGACGAGCGGUACCGAUGCCUUCAAGCGUGUUGGCCAGCGGAGUGUGAAGAUGCUGCUGCAUACAAACGAUGCCGUCACGAGUCAGAACUGGGUGAUUGCUAAAGUUGACACGGAGGUGCUACCAACGCAGUGCUAUCACGUGGAGAUUCAGUGGCUUGUAUGCCGUAGCUCCCUCGUCGAUGAUCUGAUCACAGGAAUCUGCCGUCGUGCCAAGCAACUCGGUCUGGAGCUACAGAGAGUGACGGAGAAUGGCAUUUCGAGCAACCUGGACCUGCAUCCGCUCAACUGCCCCAUUUUCCUCAAGAUUGACGACCCGUCCGAGCGGCGGAUGGUAGAGAAGGCGCUGGUUGAGCGCUUUGACUUCUGCUGCGAGGCAUUGCACCCGAUCCCGUUUACACAUUUGAACCACAAUGCCGAAUAUGCCAUCGUGGCACAAGAACCACGACCACCACGCGCGCGACGCAUGAUCUCGUACUACCGACAAUACGUGCAUCGGUCGUUAGCGUGUUUUGCGCGCAUGACGCAGACUGGGUUGGUGUGGAUCUCGAACCAGAAGGUGCAUGACGACGAGAUCCAGCCGAUCUUCGAGGAGCUACGGCAGUACAUUGAGUCGUUGCAGGUGGCGCGAUCAGCGCUGAUAGGUGUGCUAGAUGACAUGUUCGAGCCUGCAGCAACGACAACAGUGGCCACCGCACCACUGCCGACCAAGGCCGACAAUGAUCAGACGGAAUUGGUGGCAGGUAUCGAGGCGCCUGGUGGGAGUUCUCCAGAGGAUAAUAACUCAAUUGAUGGGAACAAGUUGCUGGCGAGUGCAAGUAGGAGUACCAGCUCUUGCAGCGAAGUGGAGAAGGAGAAUAGUCCGCCGGCGAUCAACGUGGUGGUGCGCAAUGCCACCGACUUGGACAAGCCUCGAGGGUCCCCGGCCGCUACCGAAGCUGCUGUUGUUAUAUCCGCUGAGCGAGGCUCCUUGCUCAUGGCAGAGCAGCAGGCGGAUCCCUCUGUACCGUAG